AGUGGAAGAGGGGCCGGUGUUAAUACACGCGAGGUGUAUUGCGCGAAAUGCAAGGCACAAUAUGCCAACAAGAGCUUGCCUUGAUACACUCAACGUACAAAGUUUAUUUUUUAUUUAUUAUUUUUUUAAAUAUAUAUUUUAAUUCAAGUGUUCAUUUUCAUUAUCAUCACUAUCAUCAUCAUCAUAAUCAUCAUCAUCAUCAUCAUUUACCUGGGCUAUGUAUAAAUAACAAAAAAAAUAUCAUAGUGAUUAAAUCAACCAAAAAAAAAAUAGAUUUAACAAAGUGAUUGUUUAAUAAACAAAGAAUAUAUUGUUGAAAAUAAUAAAUGGAUAUAAUUUAUAUAUUAGAUAAUUUGUAUAUUUUUUAAUUUUAUUUUUAUUUUUUAAAAUCAAUUUAACGUUGACUUUGAGAAGGUAAUUGUGAAUGAAAAAUUUGUGUGAAUAAAAAACCUAGAUAUUCUGGUCGUUACCAGUACAUACCAAUUGAAUAAAACUGGGACAACAAGUGUUACAUAUUAACAAUGACUAAUAAUGUGGCCCUACAGGGCACAAUGCCAUCAUCAUCACCAUCUGAUUUACUAAAUGAUAAAAAAAAAAUAAUUUUAUCAUCAACAACAACAACAACAAUAAAUUCAUACAAUAACACAUCAACACAACAAACAACAACAACAACAACACAAUCAACAGAUAAAGUUGCAACAUGGAAAUCAAUGAGUAUAAAUGAAAAAUGGAAUUUUUUAGCAAGUAAUAUAACUGUUGAACCAAUGGUUGCAUGUUACAUUAUGCCAAGUGUAUUAGCAUCAUUAGCAACACAAAAUUUAAAUCUUGAAAAAGCAUGCAGAGUUAAUUUAGGAUAUUCAAAUGAAUUAUGUAGUUCAUUGGCAGCACGUAAUACAAGUGGUUAUGAAAAAGAAGAAACAUCUGUACAACAACUUGUUGCUGGUAUGCAAACAUGGAAACUAGCAUUACAAAGUGGUUUACCAACAUUAUUAAUAUUAUUUCUUGGUGCAUGGAGUGAUCGUACUGGUUUACGUAAACCAUGUAUGUUAUUACCAAUAAUUGGUGAAUUUUUAACAAGUGUUAGUUUAAUUGCUUGUACAUAUUGGUUUUAUGAAUUACCAAUGGAAGCUGCUGGUAUAUCUGAGGCAUUAUGGCCAGCAUUAACUGGUGGUUGGUUUACAAUGUUUAUGGCAAUAUUUAGUUACAUUGGUGAUAUUACAACUGUUGAAUCAAGAACACUUAGAAUUGGUGCUGUUAAUGUUUUUUUAUCACUUGGUGUACCAAUUGGUAUGGCAUUAUCUGGUAUUCUUUAUAUUAAAAUUGGUUUUUAUGGUGUAUUUACUAUUUCAACUAUUUGUUAUAUAUUGAGCUUUUUUUAUGGUUUAAUUGUUAUCAAAGAAGCACCACAAAAACCACAUAAUAUUAUUGAAUUACAAAAAAAACAUGAUAAACACAUGAAUGUAUUUCAAAAAGUACAGGAUUUUUUUGCAUUUCGACAUAUUGAAGAGACAUUUAGAGUUGCAUUUAAAAAAGGUGAUAAUAAUCGACAACAAAGAGUUGCUGUUUUGAUGGUCAUUGUCAUGGUUAUUGUUGGACCAAUGUAUGGUGAAAUGGCAGUUAUGUAUUUAUUUACAAGAUAUCGGUUUAACUGGAAUGAAGUUAAAUUUAGCAUGUUUUCAACUUACAGUAUGGUGACAAAUUUAAUUGGAACAGUUGUAUCAGUUGGACUUUUUAGUCAUUUUUUAAAAAUUGAUGAUGCACUUGUUGGUGUUAUGAGUUGCAUGAGUAAAAUUCUAGCAAGUUUUGUCUAUGCAUUUGCAACUGAAGACUGGGUUUUUUAUCUCGCUCCAUUGGUAGAAAUUGUAAAUGGAACGUCAUUCAUUGCAAUGAGAUCAAUUGCAUCAAAGCUAGUACCAACUGAUGAACUUGGAAAAGUAAAUUCAUUAUUUGGCGUAUGUGAAUCUCUAAUGCCACUUGUUUAUGGACCAAUGUACAGUUCUCUUUAUGCAUCAACAAUGGAUACAUUUCCAGGAACAUUUUUUUUACUUGGUGGUUUUUUAACAACACCAGCUGUCAUAUCCUUUUUAUGGUUGUACAGAGAACACAGAAGAGAUCGUGCAUUGGAGGAAAAAAAUAUGAUAAAUAAUAAAUUUUUUAAAACAGAAGAACGUGAAAAUGGAAUUGUUGAUGUUAAUGAUAAAAUUGAUAAUGAUAAACAAUUAGAGGCUAAUAAAAUUAUUAUUCAAAAUGAUAAACAUAUUGAAGCUGGUAUUGAUAAUCCAACAUAUUUGAAUGAACGUUUAUAAAUGAACAAAAAAUUACAACUAAUUUCUAAAAAUCAUUUUUACGAUUAUUGUAAAUUUUGUUUUACCUUUUUUUUCGAUUGAAUUGAUGAGGCUAUAUUUUUUUUAAACCUUUAAGGGAAAGUUAUGUUAACCAGUUUUUGGUUUAUUACUUGAACAAGUUUUUCUAUAUAAAAAAAAAUUAACAAGUACAUUAAAAAGUGGAAAAAAAAAUUAUUUUAGUCCAGGCCUAUUAUUACUGAAUCGUAAAAUUCAUUUGAUUUUUUUUUUUUUUUUUCUUUUUUCUACAAAUAAUUUGUUGUUAAAAAAAAUAUAUUUAAAAAAACGUUCACUUUCAGUUUAUGUGAAGAUUUACUUGUAAAUUUGAAAAAAAAAAAAAAAAUUAAAAUAACUUGUUUUAUUGUUUUUAAAAAUAGAAAAAAAAGUUGAAAAAAAAUACAAAAAUAAGUUAAUUUUUAUGCAGUUAAUAUAGUUAUUAUUAUUAUAAUUAAUAUUAUUAUUAUUAUUAUAUUAUUUUGUACUUAAGUCAUUUCACAUUGUAAAAAGGAAAAAAAAUAAUAAAUAAAAUCAAAAUUUGAUUGUAUAAUAAUUUUUUUUUUCCAAAAAAAAAUAAUAGCAGUAUUAUGAAAAAAAUUUUAAAAAAAUUUAAAUAUUUCAUUUUAAAAAACAAAUAAAAAUAUUUUAAAUAUUAAAAUUAUUAUUAUUAUUAUAUGUAAAAUGUUUAAAUAAAUAAUAAAUAAAUGAAAAUUUUAUUUUUUAACAUAUUGUUUAUUGUGAAGUUAUAAAUAAAUAAUAUAAUUUUAAAA